GGGCCGCGAGGCGCGGGCCGGCGAGCGGGCGGCGGGCUGGGCGGGGGACGCGCGCAGAGGCCGGGCCCUGCCGCGCCCGCCGCCAUGGACCCGUUCCUGCUGCUGCUGCACUCGGUGUCGACCGGCCUGUCAAGCAGCGAGCUGACCGAGCUCAAGUUCCUGUGCCAGAGCCGCGUGGGCAAGAGGAAGCUGGAGCGCGUGCAGAGCGGCCUGGACCUCUUCUCCGUGCUGCUCGAGCAGAACGAGCUGAGCUCGGAGCACACCGUGCUGCUGCGCGAGCUGCUCGUCUCCCUGCGGCGCCAGGACCUGCUGCGGCGCCUGGACGACUUCGAGGCAGGCGCGGCGGGCGGGGCGGCGCCGGAGGAGCGAGACCUGCGCGCAGCAUUUGACAUCAUCUGUGACAAUGUGGGGAAGGACUGGAGGAGACUGGCUCGUCAACUCAAAGUGUCCGACGCCAAGAUCGAUGCCAUCGAGGAGAAGUAUCCCCGAAACCUGGCCGAACAGGUGAGGGAGUCGCUGAGGGUCUGGAGGAACAGCAGGAAGGAGGACGCAGCUGUGUCCCACCUGGUGGGGGCGCUCAGGGCCUGCCGGCUGAACCUGGUGGCAGACCUCGUGGAGGAAGAUCAGCAGGCCCGGGCCCGCCAGAGCCAGAGCGAGCGCGGCGGUGACCCUGCAUCCCUGGAGUCACGGAACUUGAACGCGCCCACCUCCAGAGCUUCCUCGUGACCCAGCUGCUCUUCCUCGUGGACCAAGAGUACCUGCACAGUCUGAACUCCAGUUCCUCCCUGGAGGUCGACCGAGCCCUGUCCAGGCCAGCACCGGCAAGACCUGGCAGGGAGCAGGGGUGAGGGCCAGCACUCACAGAGCCAGCCCAGCCUUCGAGUCAUCGCUGGCGCACCCAAGCGCUCGUCUGUGCCCGGCGGUGCUUUGGGCACUGUGGUCACCCUGGGAGGGAGCUGCUCCUGUCCCUGUUAAACGAGUUUCGACAGGGGGACAUGUGGAACCAUGUCCAGCACACAGAAGGAAUCUUAAGACUUAGCGGCUGUGACCUUUGUUAUUCUGUCCUCUCUGGAGCCCACGCUGGUCACUGCUGAGUCAUUCAGCCGCCCCCACCAUUGGCCCAAAGGCUUCGAGGCUGAGGCUGUCCCGAUAGACCCGUAUGCCAGGGCAGGUGGCAUGGGGGUGAGGUGCUCCCUGACCGAGGACUGGAAGACCUCCCACAGCCCAGGUCUCGACCCUCUAGUGAGCCGAGCCUCCUUUGAGGGGCAUAGGGACAGCACGGUGGUGCGGACGGGCUGAGGUGACCCUGUGAGAUGCUCAGAAGCCUCGGGGACAGACAGCGCUUGACUGGUGCCAGUUCUUUGAAGUAUGAUCCCUGUGAUUCCACAGUUUAUUACUAUUUUGUAUCAAAAUCAUUGUCUUAUCAUAUUCUGUGAUAAUCAGAAUUGGCAAGAGAGCUGGAUCCUAUGAUUUUGAGAAGUAAUCUUCCUGUUUCUAAAGUAAUCUUAUUAAAGCAAACACCUUUACAGCAGAGACCUCCACAUUACAAAGGAGUUACCAUUCUCAGUGAUGAUUUCAUUUUACAUAUUCCCCAAACUCCCGCGGUAGCCGAUCUCAUGCCCCGUAGCGGCUAUCCCAAGCCCAGCCUGUGAGCAGGCGGCUGCACUUGACGUCCGCUCCAGGAACCACUAACGAGGGGAGUGUGUCCCUCAGCAGAUCUUGGUCAGCCAGAGGGCCGCUUUUAUUGGCUUCGGGCCUGCCCACCUCCGGAGGCGUCAGUCAAGUGGCCGUCCGGCACGCCUCCCAGCUGUGACCUUGGCAAAGCCAGGUGUGACGUCAGGCUGAGAUUGGGUUGCUGAGAUCCCAGCCAUGCUCCCCGCCAAGCUGUGCACCCAGCCUUCAGUGGAUGUUUACAACGUCAGGACCUGUGCUCGGAGCUAGUAUAAACAAGAUAGAGUGGCCCUGCUCCGUGGACCCGGAAAAUCAGUUCACAAGUUUGGGGUGCUGCCAAGGAGCUGAGCCGGGUUCUGUCCUGGAACAGCGUGACCUGGCCUGUGUUAGGUACUGGACUUUCCCCCUCCUGCCAGCAGCACCUGCCUCUCCAGGCCUCGGGUCAGGGCUGGUUCUGUGGUAACACACAUCAUCGCCAUCGAAUGAGAGUGGCUUGGCUAAUGGAUCACUUUGUCAUGUACAACUUACUUUUCUGAAGGUGCACACAGGCUGUGGUGUACUUGAAAGCUGAAGUUAAAAGCCACGAUUUGCUCUCGUGAUCCUUUUUCCCCUGGGGAAGAGCGUCUGUGCUUUGCAGGAGGUUUCCCAGCCAAGGAAGGAGGAUUUGAUCAAUCCUGGAGCAAAGGAUCGCUCCCUCUUCUGGCCCCGCACGUUUCCCGGCUUCACAGCCUUCCGUCCCUCCAUCCCCCUCACCACAGCCAGCCCUGCUCCUGCGCACACAGGGGCUGUCAGUCUGCCCUGCAGGGUCCUCGCCCCCUCCAGGCUCUUCCGUUGCAGGCUGGGAUUUGGCAGCCCCCCACCCAUCCUGUUCUCCCCACUGGCUCUCUGACCGCUCUUCCGCCCUGGCGCCCCUGAGGCCACCCCCAGGCUGCACUGCUGAAGCGGGAGUCUUCCUGUCCCAUCGUGUACUCUGUCUUGUGCAGCCUUUGGGGCACUUAAUGUUCUCUCCGCGGAAUGCUCUGGCUUCCCUCCCCCUGGCCACGCCCCUCAGACGCCUCACCCUGUCCUAGCAGCAGCCCACCCUUCUCAGCUCCUCGCGGGGGGCACCUUGGCCUCAUCUCUCCCCGGUGCCUCCCACACCUUUCUCUCCCCCAGACCCUCAUUGUCAGCAGCCUGGGGGCAGCACUUGCUUUAGGAGGGAGCAGAUCACAGCUUUCUGGAAUCAGGAUGUGGGUAUCAUGUGGGCAGGCGUUCUGCCCCCCACACACCUGAGAGUCGGCACCCCCCGACCUGUGCCCAGUUCCGUGCCUUGUGCUGCAGGGCAAUCCACCUAGUUCCCCGCGGUGCAGACCCCGGCCCCUCCCUGGGGCGCGCGAUCCCGUGUGUAUCUGACCACUGGCCCCUGUCCCCCCGCCCCAGCAGAGCCUCGGCCUGUCCCUGCCUCGCCCCCACCGCCCACCCCAGUCAGCAGCCAGAAAGGCAAGCCAGCCGCGUCAUACUGCAGACCCGGCUGCGCUCUCAGAGCGAGCUCUCUGCACGUAGUGCUCAGCUACGUGUUUCUAUUUCCACGGCGACCGUCCUGAGCCCUGCUGCGGGCUGCCUGCUCAGCCCAGGGGCCCCGGACAGGCAGGCCUGGCGCGGGGUCGCCGCCCAUCUCCCUCCAGCUGCUGAGUCAGGCACAGAUUCUCACGCAGGGAAAAUUCGCUCUUGAAACCAUUUUCAUCCAAGAAGCCCUCAGUUUAAGUCCAUGACUAAGCUAAGACCCUGUGGCCAGAGUCCCACAUGUAUACCCACCGUGUGAUUGUCACCGAGGAGCAGAGGCCUGGUCAGGGCGUGGGUGAGGCCUUCCUGGUGUGGCUGGACCAGGAGAAUGUGGCGGGCCGUUUGGUCACCCGGGCACCAUCUCCCAAACCCGCCUGGUGACAGUCUCUAGACAUGAGGUGAUGGUUUGGUUUCAGCACAACGUAUGUUGUUUGAGGGGACAGAACACCUGUUGGGGAGAUGACAGAGUUCUCAAGAUGGGUGACGGUGACUGUUGACAGCAUGGUGCGUGUACCCAGUGGCACUUAGAAAUGGCCAAAAGGGUCAGUUUUAUGUGUAUUGUUACCACAAUUUUAACAAUCAUACCUCACAUUAAAUUAACUAAUUACAUGA